ACGCAAGAUACUAAUAACCGUUCCAAGGUAUCGUGGAACGCGUGGAAAGAUAAGGCGCCACCAUUAGUAUAGCUGUGAUGUGUCGGUUGCAGGGCGGUUGCAAUUGCGACACGUUAGAACACCAACUGACCAAUGAUCGAUUGCACAAUUGUGAGAUUUUAAACACUUACUUACAGGCAACAUACAUACAGGCACUGCUAGCCUUGACCAUUUGGACGAAUGAAGUCGGCUACGAUCACUUUCCGUUUGCCGUUACACGUGCGUUACGGAAUGUCUGACUGGCAGCGUAUUGGCAGUUCAGAGAUUAUGGUAAUAAUAUUUAAGUGACCCAUAAAACCAACCACCAACAUUCCUCCAAUCAUGUGUGGGGUCAUUAGGUGUGAUUUGUUGUGUUUUUCCCUCUUCGCUUUGAUCGUAGCUAGAAUAGAAAAAAGUGGCAUGACUUGCUUUCGUUAAAUAAACUUGGAAUUCAUUUCAUUUGCUUCCUACUACGCAACAUCAUUUGGAACAGUUCACAGCAUUUCGCGAAUGGUACAAAAUAGAGCAAUUGCCAUUCCUCCUAGACGUUCCUGAUAGCGUUGGUCAGUGAUCUGGAAUGCUAGAUUGGGUGACUUUGUGGAAGCGCCAAUUGAAUGUGUGGAGCAGUGGAAGUAAACACAAUUUUGUCAUCUACAACCGUUGGUCAAGGAUGUUUCCAACGGGGUGAAUGAACGCGGCCUAUUCAAAAAUAAUGAAGAUUUUUUUUCUAUCGCCCUCCCAACUGUUAAUUAAAUAAAAAUGCUCGAUCGCACAAAGAUACCAAAUUUAGUUACUCUUUUAAAUUUGUUCCUUUAAAAUGCUGAUUUAGUAAAGCUUGAAUUUGAAUUUUAUUAACAUAAAACUUUCUUACACGAUCACAAUACUAUUCUUUACAAAAAAAAGUGGCCAGAGGCCACGCUAUCUUGAAGAUGCAACUGCCCACACGAGGCCUUUUUUUCUGGUGUUGGUGUAGGACCGGUUAUGCUUGGCAAAACCACGUGCAUUUUCGUUUGUAGAGAAACACGGUGAGAUGGACAGACACUCAAACACCGUCAACCACGAAACUCGCCUCUAUCUCGCACCCCAAUAUCGGUUGGCCCACUUCCCAACGGUACGGUCAGGUUGAUAAGUUCUAUAAAUACAAACAAACCCGGCAAUUGUAGUGAUCAACCAACGCACACGACCAUGCCCACUGCGGGAAUUGAAUGCGUAUGUGUUCUUUAUUUGCGCGAAUGUAUGUCGGUUUUUUAUUGUACGAUGGGGCAGCAUAAACAUGGGAACAAAAACAUAUGCUCGUCUCCCCACCCUUAAGGGCAAUACAAAUGGGGUUGAGUUUUUUGCAUGUGUGGUCGUGACAUGGUACCAAUUUCGGUUUUUUUGGCCACAAGCGAUGGAACGAACGCGUAUGGCAAAAGGUGGUCAAUUAUUUGUGGAUGACAGAAGAGUCGUCGUCGUAGUCGUUGUAGUUUUGGGACAUUCCCGAAUUGCCCGAUUGCUUGUACGGUGCCCAUAUCAUCGAACGAAAGAUUAGGUGAACAAGAAGAACAACGGCAGAUGGGCAAAAGUAACGUUGGAGGUGGAAUAUGUGAAUUCUUGUUACGAACGGAACGGAACGUAUCGUCGUCUCGAGGCUGCCGUUAUCUCUCUGUGCCACAGGGUGGUGUUGUCAUCACCUAUCACAAUUGGUCUAUAUUUGUUGCAAGGACUUUGGGAACUAUUUAAAUUCUUCGCCCAGGGUAGCAGAUUGAAUCAUUCCAGUACAACAGGUGAUACACGGUGACACUUGUGCGGUGCGAUAAAAUGGAUCAGGCAACGCUUGAAGAGAAGUUUCCCUUCAUUACCAAGGAGUAUCUGCAAGGCAUUUUGCGACGAGAGCAGUGCGAGAGUGCAAUCACGGUGGAAAGCUUCAAGGUGAUCGCACCAUUAGCCAAGGGUGAAAACUAUUCCAGCGAUAUCUUGCGGGUGACGGUAAACUAUACGACCGGAAGCCACAAUCACAGAACCCAGACGUACAUAAUCAAGGUGUCGUUUGCGAGGGAUGAGGAUGCCGAUCUGUUGGAUGCGUACGAUGUGUUCAAGCGGGAGAUUGCCGUGUACGAUGUGGUAAUGCCAAAAGUCGAGCAGUUACUAAGCUCGAUCGGAUACAACAAACGGUUGGCACCGACUGCUCAUGCGAUCCACUCCACUACGAUCAAACAUUUCGUGUUUGAGGAUCUGUCUCUGCAAGGAUACAAACCCGUCGGACGUACGGCAGGUUUGAACUUUCGGCAGCUUCAGCUGGUGUUGGGAAAGAUAGCCAAAUUCCAUGCGGCUACCGCAGUCCUGUACAGUAUCGACGAAGAAAGCAUGGCAACGCAUCACUAUCGCAACAUUAGCGAAGAUGUGCCUCAUUUUUACCCAUUGUUCCAGAACAGUAUGGUUGCGUGCAGUGAACAGGCUUCGAAUUGGCCCACGACCAAGGGUAAAAUUGCGGACAAACUUCGCGCUCUGGAGAAAACGAUCAUUGCCAAGGGAUGCCGGGUGUAUACCCGUUGCGAAACGGACUUUAACGUGCUUAAUCACGGUGAUCUUUGGGUGAAUAAUGUAAUGCUAAAAACGGAACCGAACGGGAACCCGACUGACGUUAUACUGGUUGAUUAUGCGACCGGUUUCUUCGGUUCACCGGCCAUCGAUCUUAGCUACCUGCUGUUCACCUCUGCCGCAAACGACGUGACAGUGGAUGAUUUUGAUCUACUGCUUCAGCACUAUCAUGGCGAGCUGGUGGACACACUGGUCAAGCUGAAGUAUAGCAAAAAAAUACCCACCCUGCUCGACAUACAGAUAGAGAUGCUACGCAAAGGUCACAAUGGGGUUAUGUUUUCCACCUUCCUAAUACCGCUCCGAUUGCUGGAGGAUACCUCCAACGCUGAUCUGGGCGGUUUGUUGGGCAGAACAGAAGAAGCCAAAGCCUUCCGGGUACGGCUCUUUUCACAUCCCAAGUAUCAGGAUCGUAUGGAGUAUCUGUUAAACUUUUUCGACCGGAAAGGCUAUCUCGAUUGAGGCUGGUUCUUGUCCUGGGUUUUCGUCUCGACUGACUUAUCUGGCUAUGAGAAAUUGUCGUAUUUAUGAUGUCUGUACACCGCAAUCCCAACUACAAUGCUAAAUAAAUUAAUAAAAC